CAUGUCACGUGAUCAUCUGUGUCCUGUGAUGUAAACAACUUCGUUCACUUCACGACUCACGUGCGUGCGAUUCAGCGUGCUGUGCGGGCUUGUAAGUCGUGUGAUUUCUCAUCGGUUCAUUAGCGUGUUUUAAUAUUGCAAUAUGAUUAAGACUCGUGACGUAACUAAGACUUGUUGCAUCUGCAAAAAGAAGAAAGCUUCUUACAAAUGUCCUAUAUGCAAAGAGCCCUACUGCUCUGUGACAUGCUGCAAAGGGCACAAGGUACAAGGCUGCGAGCUUCCGAAAGUACCUGAGAAAUCUGCAAGUCCUGAGAAACUUGCGAAUUCUAAGAAAUUUCAGAUAGCUGACAAUGAUGUCACUCGUAGGUAUAUGUUCCCAACAGAAGAUACUGUGCCCAUAGAAAAGCUGGAGCAAUUGCGUUACAGCAAUGAGCUGAAAGAAUGCCUGGCAAAUCCUCACGUACGUAAUAUGAUGAAGGAGGUCGUGAACAGUCAUAACCCUACCUUAGCAAUUGCAAGAGCUAUGACGGAACCGAUAUUUGUGGAAAUGGCAGAUGCUUGUCUGAGGAUCGUAGAACUGCCAGAAGAGGACAGACCGUGCUGAGUGGCCUCUAACUGAUUGUGACCGUGUGCGAUUGGAAAUUCAAUUUUACGCAACGAUUUUGUCAAUUCCUUGCCAUUUAUUUUCUGUAUAUCACUGUUCUGUGAAUUGACUCAACAAGCUGCAACAGCACUUGCGAGAAGAAUUCUCAGUCUCAAAAGGGUUCGAGCGAAGGAUUGAAGAUGAAUGUUUUUAAUUUAAUUAAUUAAUAAACCGUUUGCUUUUCUUUCUC